AUGGUGCUCGACUACAGCAAAUGGGACGCGCUGGAGCUCUCCGAUGACUCGGACAUCGAGGUGCACCCCAACGUGGACAAGCGGUCUUUCAUCCGCGCAAAGCAGAACCAAAUCCAUCAACAACGUGUGCAACGCCGCCACGAGAUCGAAACGCUCAAGUACGAACGCAUCAUCAAUGAUGGUCUCCUCGAGCGUAUCGACAAGCUUCUCGGCGCUCUCCGCCAGCAUGAGGACUCGAGCCGAAAUCCUGAGGAGCUGGUUUUCCAGUCACUGAUUGAAUCUGCGGGGGACCCGGCUAAGGAUCAACCUCCUGCGCCACCUGCUGGCAUCUAUACACACGAGAAGGAGCAGCCCAAAUACUCGCAGAUGAUGAGUUCGUUGGUUGAUCAGGUCAAGAAGGAGAUCACAGAGUCCAAGACGGAGAGUGGGUUCAAGGCGUACAUUACGGGAGUUCAGGGACACAAAGACAAGGUCCUAGGCCUGCAGCAAGAAUUGCUCCAAAAGCUGGCAGAACUCGAAAAGGAAGAAGCAAGCAAAAUCACUAGUGACAGCAUACACACCGGGUUUGAUAGCUCAUACGUUGCCAAAUCGGAUCCAAAGGCCAAGGGCAAAGCUGCAGAGACAAAGGUAGAGCUUCUUAAUUCGCCAUCUGUUCCCGCUAGUCAAGGGGCUGUGGCACCGUCGUCAGGCGCCGAAGCGGAUGUGGAAGAUGACGAUGAUGAAGAGGCAGACAUCAAAGUCAGUGACUUGGCCAAGAGGCUUGCCAAGAUUCCAAUGACGGAUUACAAGGCAUUGCUUCAGUUUAUCUCCGCGAAUCCCGAUGUCGUUGCGGAGAGCGAGACGGAUGGAUUGUUGGUCGAGGCUUUCAAUAGUCAGAUGGACGGAAAGCCGGAGUAUGCUCGUCUGUGUGUGCACCACGGUCUGCUGUUACAGUAUUGUCGCUCAUUAGGCCGAGAUGGCAUCUCGCUAUUCUUUAAGAGAAUCACAACAAAAGACCACCAAGCCGCCACACUGUUCAGAAACGACGUGAACGAGACUUACAACAAAAUCAAAACUCGUGCCGCAGAACUUGCCAAGAACAGAAGCCCCGAAAACGAUCCUGCCGGCGUCGAACAAAUCCAACUCCAUGCUGUCGACCCAAACACCCAAAUCAACAUCAGUAUCCCGCCCGCGGACAGCACGAUUCCCGAAGAAAUCGAGGCCCGCAAGAUCUUCGAAUCUUUCCCUCCUGGCCUGCAACGAGCACUACAGUCUGCAUCCCUGGACGAAGUCAACAAGGUUCUCGGUAAAAUGAGCGUUGAGGAGGCUGAGGAGAUUGUAGAGAAGUUGGGAGAAGGUGGGAUGUUGAGUCUUGAGGAAGGGAUUGUGGACGCUACUACAGAGGAAGGCAGGAAGAAGCUUGAGGAGAUCGAGGCGGAGGGAAAGAGGGAGCGAGAGGUUGAGGAAAUUGGGGAGCCGGCUGAGGAUCAGUUGGACUAG